AUGGCCGUUGUCAGUAGUACGCCUCUAUCUUCCAAAUCACAACAAGACCUGGACAUGGCCCUGCCGAUGGUGCCUCCUCUCCUGCAUACUCGUUCCGGCAACGAGAUCUAUGACCGUCCUCACACUCCUACCACCCCCGGCGCCAAUUAUGGCUUCACCAGCCCCGUUCAGACUCCUCAAGGUAGCCCGAGCAAGAAACAACUACCACCUGGUUCCAAUAAUUUACCCAGUGUAUUCGACAAUGCUAUGAAACUUGCUCCGACCUCGCCUGUGAAGAACCAGCCAAAAUCUCCUUCCAAGUACGAUGACACUGUCAUCAAGGAACCUUUCGCAGAUCCCGAGCAACAUUAUGGUGGUCGGUCUGAGAGCCCAACUCGCCAGUCCAACAAGGAAAAUGCCCCUGCUAGUGGUUCGAAAUAUGGAAAGGAUAUCCAUCAAAACCACGCUGCGCUAUCAAGACAAGAGCAAUAUCAGCCCACAGAAUCCAGGAGGACCAUCACUCGGGGCUUGACUACUGAAGAAAUGCAAAAGCUGCAACUUCCAAAAGUCAAACGGCUCGCAAAUGUCACUCAGCUUUACUUCCUCGACUACUACUUUGACCUUUUGUCCUACGUUCAUAACCGUCAAUCAAGAGAGGCUGCCUUCAAAGCUUCCUUCCCUGCUCCCCCCGAGACUCCACAAGAAGAAUUCGAUGCCGCUCUUCACAAAUACCUCGGUCGAGAACGUGCCAAUCUGCGCAAACGUCGAACUCGUCUCCGACAUGGUGAUUUCCAGAUCUUGACACAGGUCGGUCAGGGUGGCUACGGUCAAGUUUAUCUGGCUCAAAAAAAGGAUACUCGAGAGGUCUGUGCGCUCAAGGUCAUGCGAAAGAAAUUAUUGUUCAAGUUGGAUGAGGUGCGACAUAUCUUGACCGAGAGAGAUAUCUUGACCGCUGCCAAAUCGGAGUGGCUCGUCAAAUUGCUCUACUCUUUCCAGGACGAAGAACAAAUCUAUCUGGCCAUGGAGUACGUGCCCGGGGGUGAUUUCAGAACCCUGCUCAACAAUACGGGGGUUCUUCACAAUCGACACGCACGGUUCUACAUUGCAGAGAUGUUCUCUUGUGUCGACGCUUUGCAUACGCUUGGGUACAUUCAUCGAGAUCUCAAACCGGAGAACUUCCUGAUCGAUGCUACUGGUCAUGUCAAGCUUACCGAUUUUGGUCUGGCUGCUGGUAUGUUGAGCCCGAUCAAGAUUGAGAGCAUGAGAAUCAAACUUGAAGAGGUUGGAAACACACCAGUUCCAUUUGGAAUGACGCCCGUGGAAGAUCGAUCUGCCGACCAGCGACGAGAGGGUUAUCGUUCUCUCCGAAAGAAGGACAUCAAUUAUGCAAAGUCAAUUGUUGGGUCUCCCGAUUACAUGGCUCCUGAGGUUCUCAAAGGCGAACAGUACGAUUUCACUGUCGACUAUUGGUCUUUGGGGUGCAUGUUGUUCGAAGCACUUGCUGGGUAUCCCCCAUUUGCUGGUGCCACUGUGGACGAGACAUGGCAAAAUUUGAAGAGAUGGCAACGGGUUCUUCGGAAACCCAUCUACGACGAUCCUAACUACUUCUUAAGCAAGCGCACCUGGGAUCUGAUCACUCGACUGGUGGCGGCGAAAGAUCAUCGUUUCAAGAAUAUCUCCGAGAUUCACAAGCAUGAAUACUUCGCCGAAGUUGACUUCAAUGCUUUGAGAGAGCAAAAGGCUCCAUUUGUUCCAGAGCUUGACUCCGAGACCGAUGCUGGCUACUUCGAUGAUUUCAGUAACGAGGCUGACAUGGCCAAGUACAAGGAAGUGCACGACAAGCAGAGAGCACUGGAGGAGAUGGCAGAGCGAGAUGAGAAGAUGGGUAAGAGUUUGUUUGUUGGAUUCACAUUCAGGCACCGCAAGCCCGAUGCUGACUCGAGCCCACGGAAGCGAAUUGAGACCGAUGGAACAUUUGGGACUAUCUUCUAG